GGUGUAUAAUAAGAGGACACACACUCUUCAACCUUGCAUACAGGUUUGGAGCGCCCCCUUCAGGUUUCAUUAAAUCUCUGAUGUCUGUUUUUCAUUAGUGGGGUAUUUGUGCAUCUGCCUGAACCACUUGUAUCACUGUGCUGGCUUACAGCACAAUAAUACACUCCCCCGUCUGCAGGCAGCAGCUUCACCACCGUCAGAGAGCCGUUCUGAACGGACUGUCUCUCUGCAGGAAAUUUGUCCUUACUGAAGCCGGGGAAAUAGUCAUACGGUGGAGAUGUGGUUGUGAGGACUAUCUGCUCCAUCCUCUUCCCUGGCAGCUGUCUGAACCAGUACAUCUGGAAAUAAGUUGCAUCUUUUUUGUGACUGCAGGCCAUCGUAGCAUUUUGACCCUCUUUCCUCCAAAUCUGGAGGUCCUGAUCGACGUCACCUCCAUGGAUUACACCUGUGGAAGGUAAAAAUCACACAUCAUCUCACAGAUCGAUUAACAUCUCAGAAUAUAUCGUACUUAAUGACUCUUCAUAGAGUACCUGUGAUACUGAGCAGAGCUGCAGAGACGUAGAUGAGACCAGCUGUGAUCGUCAUCGCUGUGUUUAGAGACCAAUGAUCUCAGAGAGUGGAGUCAGAGUCAGUCUGUGGGGUGGGAGGUGUAAAAAUACAGCAGAGAGAGGAAGUAUGAAAAUCAUCAUUCAAUAGAUGAACAGAUCCACAGUGAAGAGCACUUUCAUCCCCUUAUCAUGUGACAUCCUCCUGUUUCAGAGUAUGAAUAUUCAAUAAAGUCAGGAGGAGGAAGUGACUCCUCCUCUGAACGUCUGUGGAGAAACACUGCACCCUGAUGGGUAAAAAUGAUCUCUCUGUCUCAUGUCAGUCCAGCUGUAACAAAGUGGUUUAUAGUUAUUUUGCGGUUUGUACUGUGGUCUCGUCUGUCUGUCUGUCUGUCUGUCUGCAGCGGAGCAGGUUUUUGUUCAAGGUUGAGGGUUUCUGCAGCGCUGUGCAUCACUGGCGGCACAGAAAUACACAGCUCUCUCCUCUGAUCCGCUCAGCUUUAAAAUGUGAAGACUCGACUGACUUCCACCUGUCCCGCUCACGUUGUACAGAUCUUUGAACUGGUCUUCAACAUCUCUAUAAGAGAAUCGCACAAAGGCGAGCAGAACCAAGUCCUGUCCCUCAGCCGACUGUUUGUACCACUGGAUCAUAUCAAAACUGGGGUUGGAAUGGUUGCAGCUCAGCAGGACUGUUUCUCCAGGGUGUUUGAUCAGCGCUGUCGGAGUCUGAUCAACUUUGUUCUUUGAGAGUUCUGCGAGAAAAAAGUAAAAGAACCAGGUUACCUGUUAAAGUCUGACGAGGUUCGUUUUUAAGGUUAUUGUGAUGGUUACCUGAUGAAGAGAGCGCCAGAGCCUGUAGAAGUAUGAAGAGCCUGAUCAUGAUUCAGACGUGGAUAAAAACAGGACUGUAACAAGGACUGAGAAGUGUCUGGAAGUGAAGAAGGAGGAGGAGGAGGAGAAGGAAGAGGAGGAGGAGGAGGAGGAGGAGGGGUUGACACUGUGGUGCGUCUCAUGUCUUCAUUAGCGGCUUAUUUCCAUAUUGUUUUGACGGACAUGUUUACCGUUGUGUUUCCUCUCCUCUUAUUUGAGCAGCUCUGUAAAUACUUGUGAACUGAGGAGAGAAGUUUCUGGAGUUUUAAAAGUGAAGUGUCGUCACAUGAUCAGCAGAAGGUCUCCCCUGAGAGAGUCUCUGUCUGGAUGGCAGCAGAUGUCUCUCCUAACCCCGUAGAUCAUGUUCAGCAUUAAUGGAUGCAGUGAUUUCCACUACAGAGCCCACUACAUGUUGUAAAUUAACCCUUCAAUUGUUUUGUUGAGUGUUUUUCAUGUCGCUAACCUUACACAACUUUUUAGAAACAUGUUUCUGUGACGAAGUUCAAAGUGAGCAUGUUGUAGUUUAUUUAGUUUUUACAUUUCAUACAAUGUCUUUGCUCUUUUUAGACUGAAUAUAGGGUUUUAAAUGAGGUGAUGGUGGAUGGAUUUCACUCUCUGCUUCAAACAUUCAACGACUGAGGACCGACAAACACAAACUCCAUAAUCAGUGAUUUGUUCAUAGAAAUAGUUAACAGCAGUGAGUCUGAUGGGAUCACUGAAUUAGAGACAGAAACCUCUAAUUUCCCUCCGCCUGCUUCAGAGAGCUGCAGCUGCUCUUCUCUUUCUCACAGUGAAUUUAUCGUCUGAUUACCAUCGAGGGUUUUUGUGUGGAGGAGACAGACUUUGAGUCACUGUGUACUCGCUGCACAGUAAAACACGCCGCUGUCAUCCUCCUGUCUGAGUUUCAGCACAUGAAGUUCAGAUCUCUUCGAGCCAUCUCCGGUUAUGUUGAAGUGCGGUCUGUGUUUCUCCUCCACAUCAGGCCUUUUAUACUGAAUAUAUCCAAUGAGGUCGAGUUUAGAGUCACCUGUUGGCACCUGAUACCACAAAAUCACAGUAAAUGUACUGACGGAGUGAUUGCAGCUGAUAACUUGAGUACUUUCUGGACUUCCCAAGAUUGACGGAGGAUGUUGAUGGACUUCAUAGCUCAGUGACUGACCUGCACACAGAGAGAAAAGACAGCGGUGUGACAUUAGCGUGACACUGAAGGAUUUUUAUCAAAGAGUUUGAGUUCAAACCUACAGAAGCAGAGAAGCAGCAGAAGGAUCCUGAUCAUGAUGUCCUGAUCUGUCUCUCUGUGUCUGCGUUCACGGGCAGACUGAACUGAUGUAGGAUCAGCUGAGAGGGGAGGAGUCAGAGAUCCAGGUGCAGGAGUCUGUGGGCUGUAAUGAAGAGGAGGUUUUUGUACUGAUGAGCAGUGAUGUAGAGCACCGUGUAAACUCGCAGCACAGAAAUACACCGCACUGCUGCUCAGGUCGACUUUUUCAAUGAUUAAUGUGCAGUUCUGGUCUUUGCUCGCUCCACCUUCAAAGGUCACAUUCACUUUGUCCUCUGGAUAUCCUUUUGUAUAAUACAUAUAUCCCAGUAACUGCAUCUGUGUGCCGUUUGUCUUCUUAUACCAGAGGAUUUGAUCGUAUUUACUCUCAUCAUGAGAACAGUUGAUUCUGGCCGUGUCUCCUGGUGUGUAGAACAGAUCUGCUGGAGUCUGAGUGACUUUGACACUCACAGAGGAACCUGUGGAGAAGAUCAGACUGACUUAUAAAGAUCUGACAGAAGUUUAACAUGAUCAUUUUUAUCUCCUGAACCUCUUUGACAGUAAAAAACAUGUUAAGACCUGAAAACAGUAAGAGACUCAAAGCGAAGCAGCAGACACAGAUCAUCCUGAAGUCACUCUCUUCUGUCAGAGCGGUUUUUAAGAUGUUGGUUCAUCUGUGAUUUCUUCACUCCUCCUCAGUAAGACCUCGUUUCAGUAAACUGAGGUGGGUGGUGCCAAAGAACAACAUCCUCCUGUUUCAGCAUCAGAACCAUCAUGUCUUCACUGCUGUAGUCCUCUAUCACUUCCUGAUAUCCUCUGCAAUAUUUUAGAAGCUAUCCAGACAACGACUUUUUCAGAGAAGACCUUCAUAUUUCAUUUAACACUCAGGAACUUUGUCUUCUCAGUCCCGGAACAUUUACACCUUUUUUCUGAAGAAGAGUGGAUGUUACUCGGUGGUGAAAAUGACCUUUUGUUACUGGGUUCAAAUUGAAAAUAAGUGUAUGAUAAGAGGACACACACUCUUCAACCUUGCAUACAGGUUUGGAGCGCCCCCUUCAGGUUUCACUAAAUCUCUGAUGUCUGUUUUUCAUUAGUGGGGUAUUUGUGCAUCUGCCUGAACCACUUGUAUCACUGUGUUGGCUUACAGCACAAUAAUACACUCCCCCGUCUGCAGGCAGCAGCUUCACCACCGUCAGAGAGCCGUUCUGAACGGACUGUCUCUCUGCAGGAAAUUUGUCCUCACUGAAGCUGGGGAAAUACUGGUGCGGUGGAGAUGUGGUUGUGAAGACUAUCUGCUCCAUCCUCUUCCCUGGCAGCUGUCUGAACCAGUACAUCUGGUAAUAAGUUGCAUCUUUUUUGUGACUGCAGGCCAUCGUAGCAUUUUGACCCUCUUUCCCCCAAAUCUGGAGGUCCUGAUCGACGUCACCUCCAUGGAUUACACCUGUGGAAGGUAAAAAUCCCUCAUCAUCUCACAGAUCGAUAAACAUCUCAGAAUAUAUCGUACUUAAUGACUGUUCAUAGAGUACCUGUGAUACUGAGCAGAGCUGCAGAGAGAUAGAUGAGACCAGCUGUGACCGUCAUCGCUGUGUUUAGAGACCAAUGAUCUCAGAGAGUGGAGUCAGAGUCAGUCUGUGGGGUGGGAGGUGUAAAAAUACAGCAGAGAGAGGAAGUAUGAAAACCAUCAUUCAAUAGAUGAACAGAUCCACAGUGAAGAGCACUUUCAUCCCCUUAUCAUGUGACAUCCUCCUGUUUCAGAGUAUGAAUAUUCAGUAAAGUCAGGAGGAGGAAGUGACUCCUCCUCUGAACGUCUGUGGAGAAACACUGCACCCUGAUGGGUAAAAAUGAUCUCUCUGCCUCAUGUCAGUCCAGCUGUAACAAAGUGGUUUAUAGUUAUUUUGCGGUUUGUACUGUGGUCUCGUCUGUCUGUCUGUCUGUCUGCAGCGGAGCAGGUUUUUGUUCAAGGUUGAGGGUUUCUGCAGCGCUGUGCAUCACUGGCGGCACAGAAAUACACAGCUCUCUCCUCUGAUCCGUUCAGCUUUAAAAUGUGAAGACUCGACUGACUUCCACCUGUCCCGCUCACGUUGUACAGAUCUUCGAACUGGUCUUCAACAUCUCUAUAAGAGAAUCGCACAAAGGCGAGCAGAACCAAGUCCUGUCCCUCAGCCGACUGUUUGUACCACUGGAUCAUAUCAAAACUGGGGUUGGAAUGGUUGCAGCUCAGCAGGACUGUUUCUCCAGGGCGUUUGAUCAGCGCUGUCGGAGUCUGAUCAACUUUGUUCUUUGAGAGUUCUGUGAGAAAAAAGUAAAAGAACCAGGUUACCUGUUAAAGUCUGACGAGGUUCGUUUUUAAGGUUAUUGUGAUGGUUACCUGAUGAAGAGAGCGCCAGAGCCUGUAGAAGUAUGACGAGCCUGAUCAUGAUUCAGACGUGGAUGAAAACAGGACUGUAACAAGGACUGAGAAGAGGCUGGAAGUGAAGAAGGAGGUGGAGGAGGAGGGGUCGACACUGUGGGGCGUCUCAUGUCUUCAUGAGCGGCUUAUUUCCAUGUUGUUUUGACAUGUUUACUGUUGUGUUUCCUCUCCUCUUCUUUGAGCAGCUCUGUAAAUACUUGUGAACUGAGGAGAGAAGUUUCUGGAGUUUUAAAAGUGAAAUGUCGUCACAUGAUCAGCAGAAGGUCUCCCCUGAGAGAGUCUUUGUCUGGAUGGCAGCAGAUGUCUCUCCUAACCCUGUAGAUCAUGUUCAGCAUUAAUGGAUGCAGUGAUUUCCACUACAGAGCCCACUACAUGUUGUAAAUUAACCCUUCAAUUGUUCCGUUGAGUGUUUUUCAUGUCGCUAACCUUACACAACUUUUUAGUCUUUUGUCGUCUCUGUCCUAAACUUUCAUUUUCUGUGACUAAAUUAAAAGUGAACAUGUAUUUUUCAUAAAGCAAUCAAGUUUAUUUAGUUUUUACAUUUCAUACAAUGUCUUUGCUCUUUUUAGACUGAAUUUAGGGUUUUAAAUGAGGUGAUAGUGGAUGGAUUUCACUCUCAACUUCAAACAUUCAACGACUGAGGACCGACAAACACAAACUCGAUAAUAAGUGAUUUGUUCAUAGAAAUAGUUAACAGCAGUGAGUCUGAUGGGAUCACUGAAUUAGAGACAGAAACCUCUAAUUUCCCUCCGCCUGCUUCAGAGAGCUGCAGCUGCUCUUCUCUUUCUCACAGUGAAUUUAUCGUCUGAUUUACCAUCGAGGGUUUUUGUGUGGAGGAGACAGACUUUGAGUCACUGUGUACUCGCUGCACAGUAAAACACGCCGCUGUCCUCCUGUCUGAGUUUCAGCACAUGAAGUUCAGAUCUCUUCGAGCCAUCUCCGGUUAUGUUGAAGUGCGGUUUGUGUUUCUCCUCCAAAACAUCCCUUUUAUACUGAAUAUAUCCAAUGAGGUCGAGUUUAGAGUCACCUGUUGGCACCUGAUACCACAAAAUCACAUUCAAUGUACUGACAGAGUGAUUGCAGCUGAUAACUUGAGUACUUUCAGGACUUCCCAAGAUUGACGGAGGAUGUUGAUGGACUUCAUAGCUCAGUGACUGACCUGCACACAGAGAGAGGAGACAGCGGUGUGACAUUAGGGUGACACUGAAGGAUUUUUAUCAAAGAGUUUGAGUUCAAACCUACAGAAGCGGAGAAGCAGCAGAAGGAUCCUGAUCAUGAUGUCCUGAUCUGUCUCUCUGUGUCUGCGUUCACGGGCAGACUGAACUGAUGUAGGAUCAGCUGAGAGGGGAGGAGUCAGAGAUUUAGAAGAUCUGACCUCAACACAGACGCUAAAACACAGUACAGAGAAAUAACUCAGACUGUCGCUGAUUAUCUGACUUUACUCUGAGGUCACAUCAGUACGAGAGCGAGUUAUUUCAAAAUCAAAUCAUGUGAUUAUUGAACAGGUUAAGAAGAAGGUGAGAGAUGCUCAAAGAGGAGUGUUUUAUUGAUUGAAGUCUGGAGGAUGAUUGGUCCAUGAGGAGGUCUGGUUCAGCUCUGUGGAGGUCUGUUUAAGUUCAUAACAACUCUUUGAAGGGAAGAGAUCCAGGUGCAGGAGUCUGUGGGCUGUUAUGAAGAGGAGGUUUUUGUACUGAUGAGCAGUGAUGUAGAGCACCGUGUAAACUCGCAGCACAGAAAUACACCGCACUGCUGCUCAGGUCGACUUUUUCAAGGAUUAAUGUGCAGUUCUGGUCUUUGCUCGCUCCACCUUCAAAGGUCAUAUUCACUUUGUCCUCUGGAUAUCCUUUUGUAUAAUACAUAUAUCCCAGUAACUGCAUCUGUGUGCCGUUUGUCUUCUUAUACCAGAGGAUUUGAUCGUAUCUACUCUCAUCGUGAGAACAGUUGAUUCUGGCCGUGUCUCCUGGUGUGUAGAACAGAUCUGCUGGAGUCUGUGUGACUUUGACACUCACAGAGGAACCUGUGGAGAAGAUCAGACUGACUUAUAAAGAUCUGACAGAAGUUUAACAUGAUCAUUUUUAUCUCCUGAACCUCUUUGACAGUAAAAAACAUGUUAAGACCUGAAAACAGUAAGAGACUCAAAGCGAAGCAGCAGACACAGAUCAUCCUGAAGUCACUCUCUUCUGUCAGAGCUGUUUUUAAGAUGUUGGUUCAUCUGUGAUUUCUUCACUCCUCCUCAGUAAGACCUCGUUUCAGUAAACUGAGGUGGGUGGUGCCAAAGAACAACAUCCUCCUGUUUCAGCAUCAGAACCAUCAUGUCUUCACUGCUGUAGUCCUCUAUCACUUCCUGAUAUCCUCUGCAAUAUUUUUAGAAGCUAUCCAGACAACAACUCUUUCAGAGAAGACCUUCAUGUUUCAUUUAACUCUCAGGAACCUUGUCUUCUCAGUCCCAGAACAUUUACACCUUUUUUCUGAAGAAGAGUGGAUGUUACUCGGUGGUGAAAAUGACCUUGUGUUACUGGGUUCAAAUUGAAAAUAGGUGUAUAAUAAGAGGACACACACUCUUCAACCUUGCAUACAGGUUUGGAGCGCCCCCUUCAGGUUUCACUAAAUCUCUGAUGUCUGUUUUUCAUUAGUGGGGUAUUUGUGCAUCUGCCUGAACCACUUGUAUCACUGUGUUUGCUUACAGCACAAUAAUACACUCCCCCGUCUGCAGGCAGCAGCUUCACCACCGUCAGAGAGCCGUUCUGAACGGACUGUCUCUCUGCAGGAAAUUUGUCCUUACUGAAGCCGGGGAAAUAGUCAUACGGUGGAGAUGUGGUUGUGAGGACUACCUGCUCCAUCCUCUUCCCUGGCAGCUGUCUGAACCAGUACAUCUGGAAAUAAGUUGCAUCUUUUUUGUGACUGCAGGCCAUCGUAGCAUUUUGACCCUCUUUCCCCCAAAUCUGGAGGUCCUGAUCGACGUCACCUCCAUGGAUUACACCUGUGGAAGGUACAAAUCACACAUCAUCUCACAGAUCGAUUAACAUCUCAGAAUAUAUUGUACUUAAUGGUUGUUCAUAGAGUACCUGUGAUACUGAGCAGAGCUGCAGAGACAUAGAUGAGACCAGCUGUGAUCGUCAUCGCUGUGUUUAGAGACCAAUGAUCUCAGAGAGUGGAGUCAGAGUCAGUCUGUGGGGUGGGAGGUGUAAAAAUACAGCAGAGAGAGGAAGUAUGAAAACCAUCAUUCAAUAGAUGAACAGAUCCACAGUGAAGAGCACUUUCAUCCCCUUAUCAUGUGACAUCCUCCUGUUUCAGAGUAUGAAUAUUCAGUAAAGACAGGAGGAGGAAGUGACUCCUCCUCUGAACGUCUGUGGAGAAACACUGCACCCUGAUGGGUAAAAAUGAUCUCUCUGUCUCAUGUCAGUCCAGCUGUAACAAAGUGGUUUAUAGUUAUUUUGCGGUUUGUACUGUGGUCUCGUCUGUCUGUCUGUCUGUCUGUCUGCAGCGGAGCAGGUUUUUGUUCAAGGUUGAGGGUUUCUGCAGCGCUGUGCAUCACUGGCGGCACAGAAAUACACAGCUCUCUCCUCUGAUCCGUUCAGCUUUAAAAUGUGAAGACUCGACUGACUUCCACCUGUCCCGCUCACGUUGUACAGAUCUUCGAACUGGUCUUCAACAUCUCUAUAAGAGAAUCGCACAAAGGCGAGCAGAACCAAGUCCUGUCCCUCAGCCGACUGUUUGUACCACUGGAUCAUAUCAAAACUGGGGUUGGAAUGGUUGCAGCUCAGCAGGACUGUUUCUCCAGGGUGUUUGAUCAGCGCUGUCGGAGUCUGAUCAACUUUGUUCUUUGAGAGUUCUGCGAGAAAAAUGUAAAAGAACCAGGUUACCUGUUAAAGUCUGACGAGGUUCAUUUUUAAGGUUAUUGUGAUGGUUACCUGAUGAAGAGAGCGCCAGAGCCUGUAAAAGUAUGAAGAGCCUGAUCAUGAUUCAGACGUGGAUGAAAACAGGACUGUAACAAGGACUGAGAAGAGGCUGGAAGUGAAGAAGAAGGAGGAGAAGAAGGUGGAGGAGGGGUCAACACUGUGGGGCGUCUCAUGUCUUCAUGAGCGGCUUAUUUCCAUAUUGUUUUGACGGACAUGUUAACUGUUGUGUUUCCUCUCCUCUUCUUUGAGCAGCUCUGUAAAUACUUGUGAACUGAGGAGAGAAGUUUCUGGAGUUUUAAAAGUGAAAUGUCGUAACAUGAUCAGCAGAAGGUCUCCCCUGAACGAGUCUUUGUCUGGAUGGCAGCAGAUGUCUCUCCUAACCCUGUAGAUCAUGUUCAGCAUUAAUGGAUGCAGUGAUUUCCACUACAUGUUGUAAAUUAACCCUUCAGUUGUUUUGUUGAGUGUUUUUCAUGUCGCUAACCUUACACAACUUUUUAGAAACAUGUUUCUGUGACUAAGUUCAAAGUGAGCAGGUUUCAGUUUAUUUAGUUUUUACAUUUCAUACAACGUCUUUGCUCUUUUUAGACUGAAUAUAGGGUUUUAAAUGAGGUGAUGGUGGAUGGAUUUCACUCUCAACUUCAAACAUUCAACGACUGAGGACCGACAAACACAAACUCGAUAAUAAGUGAUUUGUUCAUAGAAAUAGUUAACAGCAGUGAGUCUGAUGGGAUCACUGAAUUAGAGACAGAAACCUCUAAUUUCCCUCCGCCUGCUUCAGAGAGCUGCAGCUGUUCUUCUCUUUCUCACAGUGAAUUUAUCGUCUGAUUUACCAUCGAGGGUUUUUGUGUGAAGGAGACAGACUUUGAGUCACUGUGUACUCGCUGCACAGUAAAACACGCCGCCGUCGUCCUCCUGUCUGAGUUUCAGCACAUGAAGUUCAGAUCUCUUCGAGCCAUCUCCGGUUAUGUUGAAGUGCGGUUUGUGUUUCUCCUCCACAUCAGGCCUUUUAUACUGAAUAUAUCCAAUGAGGUCGAGUUUAGAGUCACCUGUUGGCACCUGAUACCACAAAAUCACGUAAAAUGUACUGACGGAGUGAUUGCAGCUGAUAACUUGAGUACUUUCUGGACUUCCCAAGAUUGACGGAGGAUGUUGAUGGACUUCAUAGCUCAGUGACUGACCUGCACACAGAGAGAAAAGACAGCGGUGUGACAUUAGGGUGACACUGAAGGAUUUUUAUCAAAGAGUUUGAGUUCAAACCUACAGAAGCAGAGAAGCAGCAGAAGGAUCCUGAUCAUGAUGUCCUGAUCUGUCUCUCUGUGUCUGCGUUCACGGGCAGACUGAACUGAUGUAGGAUCAGCUGAGAGGGGAGGAGUCAGAGAUUUAGAAGAUCUGACCUCAACACAGACGCUAAAACACAGUACAGAGAAAUAACUCAGACUGUCGCUGAUUAUCUGACUUUACUCUGAGGUCACAUCAGUACAAGUGCGAGUUAUUUCAAAAUCAAAUCAUGUGAUUAUUGAACAGGUUAAGAAGAAGGUGAGAGAUGCUCAAAGAGGAGUGUUUUAUUGAUUGAAGUCUGGAGGAUGAUUGGUCCAUGAGGAAGUCUGGUUCAGCUCUUUGGAGGUCUGUUGAAGUUCAUAACAACUCUUUGAAGGGAAGAGAUCCAGGUGCAGGAGUCUGUGGGCUGUAAUGAAGAGGAGGUUUUUGUACUGAUGAGCAGUGAUGUAGAGCACCGUGUAAACUCGCAGCACAGAAAUACACCGCACUGCUGCUCAGGUCGACUUUUUCAAUGAUUAAUGUGCAGUUCUGGUCUUUGCUCGCUCCACCUUCAAAGCUCACAUUCACUUUGUCCUCUGGAGUUCCUUUUGUAUAAUACAUAUAUCCCAGUAACUGCAUCUGUGUGCCGUUUGUCUUCUUAUACCAGAGGAUUUGAUCGUAUUUACUCUCAUCAUGAGAACAGUUGAUUCUGGCCGUGUCUCCUGGUGUGUAGAACAGAUCUGCUUGAGUCUGUGUGACUUUGACACUCACAGAGGAACCUGUGGAGAAGAUCAGACUGACUUAUAAAGAUCUGACAGAAGUUUAACAUGAUCAUUUUUAUCUCCUGAACCUCUUUGACAGUAAAAAACAUGUUAAGACCUGAAAACAGUGAGAGACUCAAAGCGAAGCAGCAGACACAGAUCAUCCUGAAGUCACUCUCUUCUGUCAGAGCGGUUUUUAAGAUGUUGGUUCAUCUGUGAUUUCUUCACUCCUCCUCAGUAAGACCUCGUUUCAGUAAACUGAGGUGGGUGGUGCCAAAGAACAACAUCCUCCUGUUUCAGCAUCAGAACCAUCAUGUCUUCACUGCUGUAGUCCUCUAUCACUUCCUGAUAUCCUCUGCAAUAUUUUUAGAAGUUAUCCAGACAACGACUUUUUCAGAGAAGACCUUCAUGUUUCAUUUAACUCUCAGGAACCUUGUCUUCUCAGUCCCAGAGCAUUUACACCUUUUUUCUGAAGAAGAGUGGAUGUUACUCGGUGGUGAAAAUGACCUUUUGUUACUGGUUUCAAAUUGAAAAUGGGCGUAUAAUAAGAGGACACACACUCUUCAACCUUGCAUACAGGUUUGGAGCGCCCCCUUCAGGUUUCACUAAAUCUCUGAUGUCUGUUUUUCAUUAGUGGGGUAUUUGUGCAUCUGCCUGAACCACUUGUAUCACUGUGUUGGCUUACAGCACAAUAAUACACUCCCCCGUCUGCAGGCAGCAGCUUCACCACCGUCAGAGAGCCGUUCUGAACGGACUGUCUCUCUGCAGGAAAUUUGUCCUUACUGAAGCCGGUGAAAUAGUCAUACGGUGGAGAUGUGGUUGUGAGGACUAUCUGCUCCAUCCUCUUCCCUGGCAGCUGUCUGAACCAGUACAUCUGGUAAUAACUUGCGUCUUUUUUGUGACUGCAGGCCAUCGUAGCAUUUUGACCCUCUUUCCUCCAAAUCUGGAGGUCCUGAUCGACGUCACCUCCAUGGAUUACACCUGUGGAAGGUAAAAAUCACACAUCAUCUCACAGAUCGAUUAACAUCUCAGAAUAUAUUGUACUUAAUGGUUGUUCAUAGAGUACCUGUGAUACUGAGCAGAGCUGCAGAGACGUAGAUGAGACCAGCUGUGAUCGUCAUCGCUGUGUUUAGAGACCAAUGAUCUCAGAGAGUGGAGUCAGAGUCAGUCUGUGGGGUGGGAGGUGUAAAAAUACAGCAGAGAGAGGAAGUAUGAAAACCAUCAUUCAACAGAUGAACAGAUCCACAGUGAAGAGCACUUUCAUCCCCUUAUCAUGUGACAUCCUCCUGUUUCAGAGUAUGAAUAUUCAGUAAAGACAGGAGGAGGAAGUGACUCCUCCUCUGAACGUCUGUGGAGAAACACUGCACCCUGAUGGGUAAAAAUGAUCUCUCUGUCUCAUGUCAGUCCAGCUGUAACAAAGUGGUUUAUAGUUAUUUUGCGGUUUGUGCUGUGGUCUCGUCUGUCUGUCUGCAGCGGAGCAGGUUUUUGUUCAAGGUUGAGGGUUUCUGCAGCGCUGUGCAUCACUGGCGGCACAGAAAUACACAGCUCUCUCCUCUGAUCCGUUCAGCUUUAAAAUGUGAAGACUCGACUGACUUCCACCUGUCCCGCUCACGUUGUACAGAUCUUUGAACUGGUCUUCAACAUCUCUAUAAGAGAAUCGCACAAAGGCGAGCAGAACCAUGUCCUGUCCCUCAGCCGACUGUUUGUACCACUGGAUCAUAUCAAAACUGGGGUUGGAAUGGUUGCAGCUCAGCAGGACUGUUUCUCCAGGGUGUUUGAUCAGCGCUGUCGGAGUCUGAUCAACUUUGUUCUUUGAGAGUUCUGUGAGAAAAAUGUAAAAGAACCAGGUUACCUGUUAAAGUCUGACGAGGUUUGUUUUUAAGGUUAUUGUGAUGGUUACCUGAUGAAGAGAGCGCCAGAGCCUGUAGAAGUAUGAAGAGCCUGAUCAUGAUUCAGACGUGGAUGAAAACAGGACUGUAACAAGGACUGAGAAGAGGCUGGAAGUGAAGAAGAAGGAGGAGGAGAAGAAGGUGGAGGAGGAGGGGUUGACACUGUGGGGCGUCUCAUGUCUUCAUGAGCGGCUUAUUUCCAUGUUGUUUUGAUGGACAUGUUUACCGUUGUGUUUCCUCUCCUCUUCUUUGAGCAGCUCUGUAAAUACUUGUGAACUGAGGAGAGAAGUUUCUGGAGUUUUAAAAGUGAAAUGUCGUCACAUGAUCAGCAGAAGGUCUCCCCUGAGAGAGUCUUUGUCUGGAUGGCAGCAGAUGUCUCUCCUAACCCUGUAGAUCAUGUUCAGCAUUAAUGGAUGCAGUGAUUUCCACUACAUGUUGCUAAUUAACCCUUCAAUUGUUCCGUUGAGUGUUUUUCAUGUCGCUAACCUUACACAACUUUUUAGAAACAUGUUUCUGCGACUAAAUUCAAAGUGAGCAGGUUUUAGUUUAUUUAGUUUUUACAUUUCAUACAAUGUCUUUGCUCUUUUUAGACUGAAUAUAGGGUUUUAAAUGAGGUGAUAGUGGAUGGAUUUCACUCUCGGCUUCAAACAUUCAACGACUGAGGACCGACAAACACAAACUCCAUAAUAAGUGAUUUGUUCAUAGAAAUAGUUAACAGCAGUGAGUCUGAUGGGAUCACUGAAUUAGAGACAGAAACCUCUAAUUUCCCUCCGCCUGCUUCAGAGAGCUGCAGCUGCUCUUCUCUUUCUCUCAGUGAAUUUAUUGUCUGAUUACCAUCGAGGGUUUUUGUGUGGAGGAGACAGACUUUGAGUCACUGUGUACUCGCUGCACAGUAAAACACGCCGCCGUCGUCCUCCUGUCUGAGUUUCAGCACAUGAAGUUCAGAUCUCUUCGAGCCAUCUCCGGUUAUGUUGAAGUGCGGUUUGUGUUUCUCCUCCACAUCAGGCCUUUUAUACUGAAUAUAUCCAAUGAGGUCGAGUUUAGAGUCACCUGUUGGCACCUGAUACCACAGAAUCACAUUCAAUGUACUGACGGAGUGAUUGCAGCUGAUAACUUGAGUACUUUCUGGACUUCCCAAGAUUGACGGAGGAUGUUGAUGGACUUCAUAGCUCAGCGACUGACCUGCACACAGAGAGAAAAGACAGCGGUGUGACAUUAGGGUGACACUGAAGGAUUUUUAUCAAAGAGUUUGAGUUCAAACCUACAGAAGCAGAGAAGCAGCAGAAGGAUCCUGAUCAUGAUGUCCUGAUCUGUCUCUCUGUGUCUGCGUUCACGGGCAGACUGAACUGAUGUAGGAUCAGCUGAGAGGGGAGGAGUCAGAGAUUUAGAGGAUCUGACCUCAACACAGACGCUAAAACACAGUACAGAGAAAUAACUCAGACUGUCGCUGAUUAUCUGACUUUACUCUGAGGUCACAUCAGUACAAGUGCGAGUUAUUUCAAAAUCAAAUCAUGUGAUUAUUGAACAGGUUAAGAAGAAGGUGAGAGAUGCUCAAAGAGGAGUGUUUUAUUGAUUAAAGUCUGGAGGAUGAUUGGUCCAUGAGGAAGUCUGGUUCAGCUCUUUGGAGGUCUGUUUAAGUUCACAACAACUCUUUGAAGGGAAGAGAUCCAGGUGCAGGAGUCUGUGGGCUGUAAUGAAGAGGAGGUUUCUGUACUGAUGAGCAGUGAUGUAGAGCACCGUGUAAACUCGCAGCACAGAAAUACACCGCACUGCUGCUCAGGUCGACUUUUUCAAUGAUUAAUGUGCAGUUCUGGUCUUUGCUCGCUCCACCUUCAAAGGUCACAUUCACAUUGUCCUCUGGAGUUCCUCUUGUAAAGGACAUGAACCCCAGUAACUGCAUCUGUGUGCCGUUUGUCUUCUUAUACCAGAGGAUUUGAUCGUAUCUACUCUCAUCGUGAGAACAGUUGAUUCUGGCCGUGUCUCCUGGUGUGUAGAACAGAUCUGCUGGAGUCUGUGUGACUUUGACACUCACAGAGGAACCUGUGGAGAAGAUCAGACUGACUUAUAAAGAUCUGACAGAAGUUUAACAUGAUCAUUUUUAUCUCCUGAACCUCUUUGACAGUAAAAAACAUGUUAAGACCUGAAAACAGUAAGAGACUCAAAGCGAAGCAGCAGACACAGAUCAUCCUGAACUCACUCUCUUCUGUCAGAGCUGUUUCUAAGAUGUUGGUUCAUCUAUGAUUUCUUCACUCCUCCUGAGUAAGACCUCGUUUCAGUAAACUGAGGUGGGUGGUGCCAAAGAACAACAUCCUCCUGUUUCAGCAUCAGAACCAUCAUGUCUUCACUGCUGUAGUCCUCUAUCACUUCCUGAUAUCCUCUGCAAUAUUUUUAGAAGCUAUCCAGACAACGACUUUUUCAGAGAAGACCUUCAUAUUUCAUUUAACACUCAGGAACCUUGUCUUCUCAGUUCCCAGAACAUUUACAGCAUUUUUGAAAGAAGAGUGGAUGUUACUCGGUGGUGAAAAUGACCUUGUGUUACUGGUUUCAAAUUGAAAAUGAGUGUAUAGUAACUUCAUUUUGACAGUUUUUUUCACUUCUGUUUCUCUUGUCCUCACAUGAGGUGAAACAAAGUCAGAACCGCUGAUAAGAUCUUUAAAAGUUCUGUUUGAUGGAGGCUGCAGGUGUUUGUGAAUGUGUUGGGCGUCUGCAGACUGAUAAAGAGGGUUUUUGUACUGACUUUAUGGGAAUCUGCAGCACUGUGUUCACUAGCAGCACAGAAAUACACUCCACUGUCAUUCAACAAAAGAUUAGAAAUGGAGAGGUUUGAGUGUGUCCGUCCAUCACCGUUCAUGCUGACUUUUCCUUUCAUGCCGUCCUCCAGAUUCUCAUAACCCAAAUUCAUAAAUCCCAGAAGUGUCAGAGCUCCGUGUUUGUCCUGUUUGUACCAGAGAAUACGCUCAUAGCUGGGAAUGCUGUGUGAACAUGUGAUCUCGCUGGAUACAGAGUCUGCAAUCCUCUUGGUCAUAAAAGGCGGUUUUUGGGUGACAUUUUUUGUCUGAGGCUCACCUGUGUUAAAAAACAACAAACACUUAAGAUACUGAAGUUACAAACUGUGCAGCAUUUUCAUUUUCUUUUACUGUUUUCUCACCCUCAGUUCUGGACAGCUGACUGAAACAGAUAAUGAAGAGGACUAACAUCAUAUUAGAGAUGCUGUGACACUCGACUAUCAGCGGUGAAUGAGUUUAAUCUGACAGGAGAGCACAUGACUGUCACAGAGCAAAAACAGGGCGGUGUCAGUUAUCUGUGAGCAGGAAAAGGUGAUGUGUUGGAAGUGUCACAGUCUAAGGUACAUCCAUGUUUCAUUUGUUGACGUAUGUCGCCCUCUGGUGGUAUAAUGUGUGGCAUUUGGCAGCAUAGUGCAGUUUUAAACGUGUAUAAUCACCUGCAUUGUCAAAGCAAAUUUAUAUAGAAUCAAAGUGGUUUAAUAUUAUGUAACAUAAAGGAGGUCUGUUACUUAAAGCCAACACAUAACCAAAAUAAAUGACUGUUUCUGAUCCAAGAUUUCCACUAAUUUAUGUCCAAAGUUCCACUGAGACAAACGGUCGAAAUCCGAUUCAACAGUAUUUGAUGGCAGACAGUGGAGCUCCAAAUGCGCAUGCUCAGUUGAACGUCGCUUGAACCUCCUUGAGCGCAUGCGUAGUGCGGAGUUAGCCCUCCUGUAGCAGCCGUUAGCGUGUUUUUGUUGUCAUGGAAACGUCUUGGCCAGCAGGCUAGCAACAGCGGUGAACUUUCUCCCUCUAACUUUUGUUUUAACAGCCAGACACGAUCUGUAAACUGCCGGUACCUUUCUCGUUGUGCUGUUUGAUUCAUAUUUAAGAUGGUAAGUGAUUUAUUUGUAUUUAUUUUUUUAAUCUUUAACUCACAGCGUGUGUUUAAACGAAGCUAACAGUAAAUCGCUAAAGUUAGCCGUUACCUUCAUGACACUUUCAUGUAAAUUUGCUCGUUAUCUGUAAUUUCAUUCACAUAAAGACAAAGACGACGAGGUUGUAAAAAGCUGACUGCAACGUGGUGCAGUUUUAACUUUUAUUUUUCUCCUGUUAUUUUGACUCCUCAGCCCCCCAAAAAGAAAGGCUCAAGUAAGAAGCCCCCAAAGGCAAAGACCCCCACCCUGAUAGACGGUCUCACCAAGGAGGAGAUCACCAAGGAGCAGGUCCGAGUAUAUACAGGGAUGUUUGGGUGUUCAGGGUUAGAUUGAGACAACAGUUUGUGCUUAAAUGUAGGGGAGACUGGGUUAAGUUGAGCCAAAUGGUAAAAGAAAUUGAUCAUGUGACCAAAUCUUUAGGAGAUGGGCAUCAAUUCAUGGAGUCUGUGAAGGUUAGAAGCACACAGGUGAAGGGGUUAGACAUUUAUUUACAAAAAAACCAAAACAUUUCUCACUCUUGAAAGUGAAUUUAGUCUGUCAUAAGUUUGAACAACAUCCUGAAAUAUCUGCAGAUACACGAGUUAGAGACAAAACUAGGAUUGCCUUGAUGUAGUGAUCUGAAAUAUGAAAAACGGCUCAUCUUACCCCACUCUCCAACACACAAGAUAGAGUGUGUGGUGUUGAGCAGCAUUUAGCAGACCUGAGCUGGAAGAAAGUGAACACAGCGGUAAUAUUGUUCAGUGUGUUUGAAUGACAAAGAUGAGGAAAUUAAUAAGUAAAUAUUCCUUCUAUCUUCUCCAAAGCUCAUAAUAAACUUCUAGACAUGCAAAGUCGAUACCAUCAUACAUCAAAAGACUGAAAUGUGUUUCUGUGAACCAGCUGGAGGAGCACAUCGUGCGUCUUCGUGAGGAGCUGGAUAGAGAGAACGAGGAGAGGAACUACUUUCAGCUGGAACGAGACCGGAUCCACAUGUUCUGGAAGAUCACAGAGAGGCAGAAGGAGGAGGCCAUAGCAGAGGAGAAAAUCUUAGAUAAGGACAUCGUAGAGGACGAGAGUCGGCAUCAAGUAGAGCUUCAGGUGAGGUUAAUACAGAAAAGGCCUCAACUUCACAUUCAAGGUCACAGGUUUGACUUUCUCAGUAAGCUUGAUUUUUCAGUGUCAAAUCUCACAACUGGCUCAUCCUACAUAAAAACAUUCAGAUUACACACAGAAAGAACAUACCAGAUUAAAAAACUACUGAUGAACAUUUCAUUUUAUCCCCUUUAGGUGUACAGGCAGAAGAUGAAGCACCUCCUGUGUGAACACCAGAACACCAUCUCUGAGUUAGAGGCAGACGCUGUGGUGACCACUGAGGCGAUUCAAGAGGAGCAGCAACAGUUAGAGUCUGAGCUCCAUAGAGAAUUACAGACGAUUAAGGGGGACAUGCAGGAUUUUGAUCAUGAAAACCUCUACAAGGAGCUUUGUUUGGUUUGUAGUUUUACUCCUACACUUCAGGAUCCUGGGAUAAAAGGCGUCUCUGUGCCCCGACAUGCCUAACCUUACACCGUUUUUGUGUGAUUCCAACAGAAAUUUGAUCAAGAACUGGCUGAAAGAAGGAACCACGUGGAAGAACAAAUUAAAAGUAAAACACUGAUCAUGAUGUGAGCUCAAUCCAACAUCUCCAAGAGUUAGAACAACAAAAACAAACAAACGGAGCCGUGGUCGUGUCUUUCCUCUCUGCAGGUCAUGAGGCCAAGUGUAAGGAAAGGGUCGAGCAGCUGAAACUAAAGCUGGAGAACGGGUCGAAGACAAAGACAGCUGAGAGACAUGAGCAGUGGAGAAGCUUCAUCAGAAGUCUUCAAGACCAACACAGCAAAGCAACGAAGGAGAUGGAAACACCAUGUGAUGUUUCAAACCAUGAGAGCGUCCCGACCGCGGUAUGAGUAUUAAAGUGAGGCCAGAACAUUCCUGUUUAUUCUGACCUUCUCAUCCUCCUCUUCAUGAAAAGGGUUCUUCUUCGUCUGUCUUAACGUAGUGUCGCAGUGCUGGUUUUGACAUCCUCUGUUUGUUCGCCCUUCCUUAGAUCCUUGAUUCUGAGGACUACAUUUUGGCACGAGAUCCAGACCUGGACUGUCUUCAACAACAGGAUGAGAAACAUCUCUAUAAGCUUUCUGAGCUUCUCUCUGAACUUCAGGAGGAAAUUGCCACACUAGAAAAAAGAUCUCCUUCAAUGAGAACGGUCACUUUUGUGCCCCUGUUGAUCCUUUGCUGUUGCUACGACGUGUCAAAGAACCUGACAGAAAUAGACACGAGGUGAAUUUGUGAUGCUGUUUUUUUGCAGAAUUACUCAGAGAGGGCCUGUCCAAGGGAACUGGACAGACUAAAACAGGAACAGAAGGCACUGGAGCAGAAACUCGGCAAGGUACGGAGAAGACAGAGCGGCACGGUGUCAGCUCGGUGAACACGGGGUGUUACGAUCAGAUGUUCUUUUAUACAGACACAAGUUUUUUAACACCUUACUGACAUGUUUGGACGUGCUGGCAGCAGUCUUCCUCAGAGUGUCACGUGAUGGUUGUGUGAUGUUUGCGGAGGCGUGACCUUUCCGUCAGUUUGACAGAUCGGUCACGCCUUCAGCUCGCCCCCAGGUGUGGGAUAGCAUCUAUGCCCCCUCAUCCCGGUUGAUGGUCCUCAGGCCUCACGUCCGGAUUUCCAUCGUCUCCCUGAUCCAGCGCUGAUGUUCAUUUUCUUCGGUGCGGACGACUCUGGCAUUUUCCCAAUCCAUGAUGUGGUUCUCUGGUUUGCAGUGGUCUGUUAUAGCUGAUCUGUGAUUUUCUUUAUUGUUCUUGCUUGUCUUGUUGCUGUCUCCUUCUCACACUCUUUCUUUUGUAUAAAAGAACAUCUGAUCGUAAUUUAUCAAAAAAGACACAAUGAACCGAAUCCAAGAGUACUGGGUGUCCUUGUUGAGGUGCUGCUUCUUCUUUCCGUCGAACAGUUUCAGCUGGAGAGGGACGAGCUGUACGAGGCCUUCACUCGGAGCAUUCAGGAGGCGCAGCAGAAAGGCGUUUCGAGAAGCAAGCUGCUGGAGGAGAAGGUCAGGGCCGUGGAAGAGCGUCUGGAGAACAGGCAGGUUCAGCUGGACUCGCUGCUCUCUGCCUCCAACGUGGACCGGACCGCCUUACUAGGGCUCUUCAACCGAAUGGAGGUUUGUUUUCAUUCACACCAUCCCUCUCCGUUCAAGUUUAUGUGCUGCUUUUUGUCCAACACAUUAAAAAAUCUGUUUUUGCUUCUAGGGAAACCUGGACUCCGCUCUAAAUCCAUGACAGACUCACCCUGGGAAAGCGCUCAGGUCUCAGGUCGGUGUCUUUCAGGUCAGGAAGGAUUUGUUGAAGGACUUUGGUUCAACCCAUAGGGCUCAAAGUGUCCCUGCACAAGCGCUUUGGGCUAAACCCCAUGGAGGAUUUUAGGUGAGCCCUAGCAAAAACACAAAGAACUGAACCAUCUACACUUAAUCCAAACACAGGAUUACAUAAAUACUAUCUCUAAUCUUACCUUCCUGGAAUACAAGUGUUGCAAUUCUCUAAAUCUCCACUUGGGACUGGCCUUAAAAGUGAGUCAUCAAAUAUGUUUACAAGCUGAUCUAAAAAGACUGUUGGUGUCUUCAGUUCAUUUAUACAUUCAGGAGAAUUCACCAGUGUUGAAAUUUUACGUCUCUUAUUUAUUCACGUUGCUGAACGUUUGAAGUUUUCUGCUGUCUUCAUUAAAUAAACAGAGUCUUAGAUGACUUUUUGCAAAUGUAGUCAAACUGUUCUGGUUUCCUGUGUGUCUGUGAUGAACCCAGAAUCUAAAGUUUGAAGUCUAGAGUUUGUUUAGAUCCACUUCCCUGUCAAAGGAGGAGACAAAUGUUUCCAGAUCUGGUUAAACAUUUAAACCCUUAAAAUUAAAGUUUAAUUAAUAAUUUUAAGCUCUAGAUAUGAAAUUGAUGUAACACUGUAUCAUGAAAAAGUCAUGAAUAAUAAAAUAAUAAAAUAUAAUAUAUGUAUAUAUAUAUAAUAUAUAAUAUAUAAUAUAAUAAUAAUUAAAGAAGCAUUUAGAAGUACAGCGUCUCUCAGAGGGACUGCAUCCCUCAUAAACUGGACUCAGGCUGCCCUCUAGAGUCAGAAUGAAGCAACUACAGAGGUGAGGAUGUUUAAAGUAGUUCUGGGGUUCACUCAAACUUUUUUUUUUUAAUUACUUCACAGACUGAAGUUAAAGCUUCACUUUGACUUUCUGCUCCGGCUUCAUCGAGUUUAUCAAACAGGAUAAAAUAAUCGGUUUAUGUUCAGUUGAUUAUCUUCCUCUCCACUCAUCAUUUGGAUUUCAUUGAUUUAAACUGACACUCAUACUUAUCCAAAUAUUAGUGAAUCUGAAUAAAACACAGAUAACUCUUUGGUAACGGUUUUAAACAAGGUCUACUUAACAAUAGUAGACUCAACAUUGUACCAUUUACUUUAAAUCUCUUUACCACAACAAAAAUAAACGACUACUUCUACACAGGCAGCCUGCUUUAAUUUCUCAUCUUUAUUUUUACUGUGUUUAGGGGGACUGACUUCUUGGUUUAGAGCAGGGGUGUCAAACUCAACCACAGCAAGGGCUGUAAUCUGGAUUAUGGUCUAACCUGAGGGCCAAACAGGGUCAACAUUUCACCAAAACUGUCAACCUCCUCUUCAAAAAAGUAUAUAACAAAAACAGCAAUGAUUAUAAAUCAUUUGGAAAUUCAAAAAAGAUUAAAUGAUAAGUUUAAAAGCAAACUGAGAUAGAAAAAAGUAUUUUAUUUUUUAUUCUAUUUUUACUUAUUAGUUUAAAAGAUCAGAGCAUGAUAUUAAAAAUAGAAAAAUAAUGUUUUUAGAGAGAAAAUACAUGAGGAGAACUUUGAAAUCAGGUAUAACAGGUCAAAAUACGACUUAAAAUUAAAAAAUAUAGAAAUAACACAAGUCCAAAACCAAGUUGAACAAAAUCAAAGCAUGAAAUAACAAAUCCAAUCAUGUUUGACUUGUAAUUCACAGACUUUUAAAUUCUGUCUGAUACUUUUAUAAUGAAAUCUUCACAUGGUCCACAUUCAAUAUUCUUGCUUGUUUUGCUCUCUUUUCUAAAAUACUUCAUAGAUAUGUUUUAAUUGAACGAUCAGAUGGAGAAAUGACGAACAGAGAAGUUUAAAUGGAGCUCACAGAUGUCAGACUGCAGGUUUCUGUUGCGGGUUGACACACGCGGUUUCCUGUUAGUGUGACAGCAGCGAGGGCGGCGAGCUGUUUGUUAAGAAACUAAAUGUAGAAACUGUUCCUGCUCCGUUAAAGAUCAUGAAAAAAAAAAAAGGUCAGGUUUCUUUGUUUGAUGAUCUUUGUCGUUUCUGUUGGAGUGAAGUUGAGUUUGAAGCUCCAGUUUUAUUUACAGCAGAAUUAAAAACAGACUCUAAUCUAACUUUGUCAAA